AUGCCGUCAAUAUCAGCUCUCUCACCUUACUACUAUAAAUCAUUUCAUCCUUUGAAAAACGAUGACAAGACUCCGAGAAGUUACGGUAACGGACAUCCAACUUUCACAUGUUGCAUGAAUGCACAACAAUCUACGCAGUCUGGACAGUCCCUUUUUCGCUUAGUUUUGCAAAGUCAGACCGCAUAUGCUCAAUACGUGAAGCUGGUAGCAUUGUUCGCAUUUGCUGUUGUCCAUGUUAUGUAUAUGAUACCAUUCCUACAUACUUUUGCGGCUGUAGCUUCCAGUGUUGAUAUGACUGAUGUGACGCCCAGCAUUGAAUCGUUACAUCUCCGGCAUUUCGUAGAAACUCUUGCCGAUUACAAGAAGAACAUGUGGAUGAUUGUGGGUAGUAUGUGUGUUGCGUUGUCUACUUCAUGUUUUAUACUUAUGCUGUAUACUUCAUCACGGAAAAUUGCUUAUGACAUUGUUAUACGGGGAAUCGAUCUUUUGACUUUUGGUACUUUACCGUUUUUCCUGAUUGCUAGGCUGAUUUUACUGAACAACAUCUUUGAACAACUACCCGUCAUACUCCGUGAUAUUCAGUUUAUACAAUAUUCGAAGCAAUUGAGUACCACACUUCACUGCUCAUUUGUACCUGCCAAAGAGGUCUCACUGUGUGAUCAGGUUAUACGAAAUGCUCUUUUCCCGGCAUACAUAGUCAAAUUUCUCAUUAUCUUGGCAAUCUUAACAAUUGCUUACAUGCUAUUGGCUUAUUUAAUCGAGUGGUGCUUGAGACACUGGUUUCCACCGCAGUGCAAUCACUCCAAACACACAUCUAUCUAUGCGCCAAUCGCCAUGGCUGUUUAA